CAACACCGCCGUCAACGCCACAGCAUAGGGUCAAUAGUCGUCACCUAUCACGCAAUCAACGCCUCCAGGUACAGACUCUACGCCUUGCUGGCCAUACCCAGAAGUAUAUUGCCGACCUUUCUCAAGAUCACUGAGAGACAAGUUCGCUAUGCAAUUGCUAGUGAUCAGGUAACUCCUAGACGACGCAGCGGUUACCCACAUACCCUCACUGAUGCCCAAGUAGAUGAGCUUGAGGCAUACAUCCGAUCAUCACGACGCUGGUACGCACGCCGAGUUGCCCUAGCAAAGCCUCCGCUCACCCAAGAUGUGAAGGACCUCUGCCUUGAGUGGGCUGAGCAGCAUGUUAACUGGGAGCCUUGGCAAUGGUGGAGGAUCUUGUGGAGUGACGAGACCUGGGUGACUGGGGGGAGACACCGGAGGAGAUGGGUGACAAGGAAGACAGGAGAGGAUUUUGAUCCUACCUGUGUGAUAGAUAAGGUACCAAAGAAGCGUGGCUGGAUGUUCUGGGCUUGCUUUUCUGGUGCAACAAAAGGCCCUUCACUCUUCUGGGAGAAGGAGUGGAAGAGUAUCAACAAAGAGAGGUACUUUGAAAGGAUUGUACCACUUAUCCAUGGGUGGCUACGCCUUUUCCCAGACCUUCAGUUUAUGCAGGAUUCAGCCCCAGGCCACAGAGCAGGAUGUACCCUUAACGAGCUCCAAGAGAGGGACAUUGUGCCCAUCUAUUGGCCUCCAUUUUCACCUGAUCUCAAUCCAAUUGAGCUCAUUUGGAACCGGCUGAAACACUAUAUAGAGAUACACUAUCCUGACCUGCCUGGGGGAAGGCAGCGUACCUACGAUCAACUCAGGGGUAUUGUACAAGAAGCCUAGGAAACAAUUACCCCUGAUGACCUUGCAAAUGUGGUGGCAACGAUGAAGGAUCGCUGUCAGGCAGUAAUUGAUGCUUGUGGAGGUCACACAAAGUACUGAGAUCUGUAUGUAGCGGAUGACAAAGCUGAGAAAAAAUACACCCAACAAAUACCAGUACGGCCAGGCACCCCUGUCAACCUUCUCCACCGACAAAACUUAUGCCUGCUACCACAGUAGAUCUCCUUGGAAUCUCGGUCAUGCAGUCUAGGUUGGCAUGCACACUGAGGCUGUCCGCAAAGACAAGCAGGUUCUUGAAC